AUGAAGCUUACACAUUCCUUUACAUCUCUUCUCGCUCUAGUGUCGCUGGUCGCUGGCUCACCGAUCCAGCAGCUGAACACUCAUUCUUUACGCCUGCCACUUGAGCGUAGGAACAAUCAAGUCGACAUUAAGAGUCUCCAAGCACACCUUGCACAAGUCUCCGCGAAGUACCGUCGGGGAUUUGCGGCGUAUGAGGCCAAUAAGGGACAUGCCCACCCGUUGAGCGUGCCAUCUAGCUCAAAAACGAUGAAGCGAGAUGAUGGCGAUGUUCCUUUGAUGUCUCAAGGUGUCGAGUUGUGGUAUGCCUCGAUCAAUGUUGGCACGCCAGCGCAGACUUUCACAGUGUCCAUUGACACGGGCAGCGCGGAUCUAUUCCUUCCUUCCGUUGAUUGUAACGAUAGCUGCAACGGUCACAAUAGAUAUGAUCCAUCCAAGUCCUCGACAGCUGUCGAUCUCCACAAGAAAUUCGUCCUCACCUUUGGCGAAGGCGAAGCUAAGGGACAAACCCUCGGGGCUGCAACAGUCUAUUCCUCAGACUUUUCGAGCGAAAAUUUCAUACCUGACGGGCUCGUCGGCUUUUCAUUUGAGUCUAUAUCCGGAUACCCAGCACCUCCGCUCUUUCAGACUCUUGUAGAAAGUGGACAGUUGCAGGAAGCUGUAUUUGGUGUCAAACUUUCCGCCGAAUCCGGUGCCAGCGAACUAUAUCUUGGAGGGACCAACACGGCGCUGUAUCAGCAAGGCAAUAUGUCGUAUACACCUGUAACUGAUGCAGGCUACUGGAAAGUCACACUCAAUCAGAUAUCUCGAGCUGGCAUCCCUGUGGGGAAACCCGAGGCAUCAUCCAUCAUCGACACGGGAACAACUUUGAUCGUGACGGACACGGAUGGUGCUGCUGCCUAUUUUGUUGGCAUUCCUGGUGUUGCGUCAUAUGAUGAUGAAUCUGAGGUGCUUUAUUCAAUCCCGUGCGAUAUAAUUGACAACUAUGCGCCGACCCUCACCUUUGGAGGACAUCCGUUUACCGUGUCCGGGGACACAUUCAAUCUCGGGCCUAUCGAAGAGGGAUCAAGUGACUGCAUGGCUGGUAUCGCAGGCGCGGACGUUGACUUCUGGGUCGUGGGCGACGUGUUCUUACAGAACGUGUACUCGAUCUUUGACAUGGGCGGAUUGCGAGUUGGGUUUGCGGAGCUCGCAUGAGGUUUAUUUUUAGGGCAUUUGAUGAUAGUUGUGGGAGGAAUUGUGAAUGGGAUAUUUGGCUGAUUUCAUGGGCAUUAUAUACAGACCUUCGACAGUACUAACUACUAAGUAAUGUUACUGUGCAUACUAUAUCGUCCAUG